UUCACACGCAUGCGCGUUCCUUCUAUUGCGUUGGAGGCUCAUUUGAAAACAUUAGCAGUGACUAGCAAUGUUUGUUUUGGUUAGCAAGCAAUUCGCCUAAAGUUACGUUUCUGGAUAACACAUUGAUAUAAACCCAUCAUUAUACUCGAGGAACGACUGUCAACAUUCAUGGAGGACCACAGCGUGGAUGACGACAACUCCAGCAUCCUGUCAUCCUCCCCGGCGAACUCUCCUGUCAUGGACCGUAACCCCUCACCACCCCCGGACAGAGAGGGGGAGCAGGACGGGGAAAAGGUGGAUGCUAUAGGGGAGACAGUUUAUAGCAAACACUGGCUGUUCAGCACCUUGACCCGUCUGAUUCAGAUUGUGUCGGAGCAGAACACGGGAGACUCUGAUGCCCAGAUGCAGCUACCUGAGGAAGAUGAGGAUGAGCUGUGUAAGAUCUGGGAUAUGGCCAUGGAUAAGGAUGUGGCUGGUUUCUUACAGGAGUUCAAAGCUGGAGAUAUCCUCCUGGGAGUGAUCGCUAAGUCUCGAUGCCCUCGUCUCACUGAGAUAUGUGUGGGGAUCCUGGGUAACAUAGCCUGCUUCCCUGACACUUGUCUGACCCUCAGCCAGAACAACGACCUAGGGGUGGUGCUGUUGCUCCUUCUUGGAGACACUGAUCCCCCUACACUGCUGGAGACAAGCAGACUGCUGCUGACCUGUGUGUCCCAGAGCGAUGUGUCUUCUCUGUGGCUGGAGAGAGUACGGCAGCAGACCUCUGUGUGUUCCAGCCUUUGCUUCAUCAUGUGCAGCUCCACCAACAUGGACCUGCUGGUGAAGGUGGGGGAGCUGGUUGACAAGCUGUUUGACUUGGAUGAAGAGUUGAUGAAGACCUGGGUCACAGCUGGAUCUCAGCCCAGUGAUGAAGACAAAGAAGAGGAGGGCGAGAGACGUCUGGACGUGGCCUCCUCGCUCCUCGAGGCUGCCAAGCAGCUAAGGUCAGAGAGUCCAGAGGGUUUAGAGGUGUACCUGCAUGCCCUCCAGCUCCUCACCACUAUCCAUCAUGGGAUUCAGACACUGGCUGUUGCAGGUGGGACAGGCCAGGCUCUAUGGACCUUCCUGUGUGAGGUAGUGUGUGAGGACCUGUGUCAGCCAGACGACCCUCCGUUAGUACUACAGGAACAGAAGAGCUUACUGGUCCAUGCUCUGGCUGUUCUGUCAGUCCUGUAUGCGUGUCAGGACCAGGAAGCAGAGCACAGCAAAGCAGACACACUAUUGCCUCUAGUUGGGAGCAUGUUGAGGGUGCUGCAGUACCACAGGGAGUACCAGGUCAGUUCAGGACACGGACACAAGGAGAAGAAGGAUGGACAGGAGAAGGAGGAGGAGAAGGUGGAUGAGCAGCUCCAGGCUCUGAUCCAGACAACGGCUGAGUUCCUCUCUGACAUCAUCGCUGACCUCACCAAGGAUGCGGUGUCUGAGUUGGUGACGAGAGGUUACCUGACAGAAAAGACAUGUCUGUCAGCAGUAGGCUCUAUGCUCCCCCAGUUCAGCCCUGCCGUACAACACCUGGUCUUCAUGUUGUCAUAACUAACCCUCUGUAGAGGUACAACACCUGGUCUUCAUGUUGUCAUAACUAACCCUGCAACACCUGGUCUUCAUGUUGUCAUAACUAACCCUGCAACACCUGGUCUUCAUGUUGUCAUAACUAACCCUGCAACACCUGGUCUUCAUGGUGUCAUAACUAACCCUCUGUAGAGGUACAACACCUGGUCUUCAUGUUGUCAUAACUAACCCUCUGUAGAGGUACAACACCUGGUCUUCAUGUUGUCAUAACUAACCCUCUGUAGAGGUACAACACCUGGUCUUCAUGUUGUCAUAACUAACCCUCUGUAGAGGUACAACACCUGGUCUUCAUGUUGUCAUAACUAACCCUCUGUAGAGGUACAACACCUGGUCUUCAUGUUGUCAUAACUAACCCUCUGUACAGGUACAACACCUGGUCUUCAUGUUGUCAUAACUAACCCUCUGUACAGGUACAACACCUGGUCUUCAUGUUGUCAUAACUAACCCUCUGUACAGGUACAACACCUGGUCUUCAUGUUGUCAUAACUAACCCUCUGUACAGGUACAACACCUGGUCUUCAUGUUGUCAUAACUAACCCUCUGUACAGGUACAACACCUGGUCUUCAUGUUGUCAUAACUAACCCUCUGUAGAGGUACAACACCUGGUCUUCAUGUUGUCAUAACUAACCCUCUGUACAGGUACAACACCUGGUCUUCAUGUUGUCAUAACUAACCCUCUGUAGAGGUACAACACCUGGUCUUCAUGUUGUCAUAACUAACCCUCUGUAGAGGUACAACACCAGGUCUUCAUGUUGUCAUAACUAACCCUCUGUAGAGGUACAACACCUGGUCUUCAUGUUGUCAUAACUAACCCUCUGUACAGGUACAACACCUGGUCUUCAUGUUGUCAUAAUUAACCCUCUGUACAGGUACAACACCUGGUCUUCAUGUUGUCAUAACUAACCCUCUGUACAGGUACAACACCUGGUCUUCAUGUUGUCAUAACUAACCCUCUGUACAGGUACAACACCUGGUCUUCAUGUUGUCAUAACUAACCCUCUGUACAGGUACAACACCUGGUCUUCAUGUUGUCAUAACUAACCCUCUGUAGAGGUACAACACCAGGUCUUCAUGUUGUCAUAACUAACCCUCUGUAGAGGUACAACACCAGGUCUUCAUGUUGUCAUAACUAACCCUCUGUACAGGUACAACACCUGGUCUUCAUGUUGUCAUAACUAACCCUCUGUAGAGGUACAACACCUGGUCUUCAUGUUGUCAUAACUAACCCUCUGUAGAGGUACAACACCUGGUCUUCAUGUUGUCAUAACUAACCCUCCGCCGGUGGUAUAAAGUACUUAAGUACUUACUUUAAAGUACUACUUAAGUAGUGUUUUUGUCUAUCUGUACUUUACUAUUUAUAUUUUUGACUACUUUUACUUCACUACAUUCCUAAAUUUAAUAAUGUACUUUUUACUCCAUACAUUUUCCCUGACACCCCAAAAGUACUCGUUUCAUUUUGAAUGCUUAGCAGGACAGGUAAAUGGUCCAAGUCAAGCACUUAUCAAGAGAGCAUCCCUGGUCGUCCCUACUGCCUCUGAUCUUACACUCACUAAGCACAAAUGCUUUGUUUGCAGUGUGCCCCAGGCUAACCUUCAAUAAGUUAAAAAAAAUAUAUAUAUAUAUUUCAGUCUGGUUUGUUUAAUAUAAGCAAUUUGAAAUUAUUUAUACUUUUGAUACUUAAGUGUAUUUAAAACCAAAUACUUUUAGACUUAUACUCAAGUAGUAUUUUACUGGGUGACUUUUACAUUUACUUGAGUCAUUUUCUAUUAAGGUACGUUUACUUUUACUCAAGUAUGACACAAUUGGGUACUUUUUCCACAUCUGCCUUCCUUUACCUGUAUAGGUACAACACCUGGUCUUCAUGUUGUCAGAGGCUGAUCCCCAGCUGGCAGACACAGU